AUGGCGACGGCGAGUGCAGGUGGCAGCUCGAAUGACGAUGUGGAGAAGCUCAAACGGAAGCUGCGUAAGCGGGUCACCCAGGCGGUGGACGCAGUGUGCGGCGAAUGGUCACGCACACAGCAGCAAAAACCUACGUCUCUGCAGCAAUCGGAUGUGAGUAUGGAUCGGUCUUACGGCAGUUGCCGACAACUCGUGACCUAUAUAUCGGAGAACAUGGCUACAUCGCCUGGCUUCAUAGAGCAGAUGGACCGAAUCAUACUCGCGUGCUUUAGUGGCGCCUCCAAGCGUGUGCUUAGUUCAGUGGCGACGCAGGAGGUCUGGUUCCGAGCUUCGGACGAGGAGGAGGACGUGGAGGUGGAGGUAGGGGAGUCCAGAGAGGCGACAACGGGACGCAUUAGUCGUAGGGGUCCUAGAGGACACGCGAAGCCUAUUCAGAGAGCAGCAGAUAGUGAUGAGGUUGUCAUCAAACAGGAGAGAGCUGAAAGGGAGAGUGCUACUCCUGGCACUACUGCUUCCGGUAGAGCGGUAGCAGACGAUGCAGGACUUGAAAGGCGCGAGGUGGCGGGCUCAUUGCUCACGAAGCGCCCGAGGAGCAGGACCAGCAAGAAGAAACUGUCCACGAAGAAACCAUUGCAGGAAUUAGUGCUGGAGCCGAAGAAGGCGCCUCGGCGUCGACCGGAGGUGAGCUCUGCAGAGGAGAGCGUCGAGGCCGAUACAGAUACCGACGAGGAACAGAAGGAGCUUAAUAGACCCAAAAAGAAAAUGGUGUCGCAACAGCAUGAAGACGUAGUGGUCUCUGCAAUCCCGGUGGAGGAUGAGCAAGGGCUUCUAACGUUCAAAGAGGCCAUUGGAGAACUGUGCUACCAAGACCGACGUACGCCCGAACAGACAGCAUUUUUCAAAGAGCGGCUGCGCAAGUCAAUUCAAUUUGUAGAUGCGUUAUUGUGCCACCCACCACCAGGUAAAAUGUGUACGCGAACUUGCAACAAAAUUCGAGGGUCAAUGUGUAAGAGCACUGCGCCAUGCAAAGAUAAGAUGUGCCGUAUUUGGCACGACGUUGAAGCUCACACUGAUCGCUGCAAAAACUCCAAAUGCGAGUUUAAACUUCGAAUCCUAGUGCGGGAAACCAUGUACAAGCUCCACGACAAGCAGUUGGAAAUAAAAAAUGCGAGCCAGAAACUGCGGAGAAAGAACUCUUCGUUGGACGAAUUGAAUACCACCGAGCUCAGUGAGCCCGGCACAUUCGCUGAUGCAAUCGCCACACUUGAGAGUGAGAUCGAGAAAUUGGAGCAAGAACUAAUCACCGAAGAAGCUGAAAUGGCCGAAAUCAAUGGAACGCUUGAAAGAUAUUGGGCCACAUUGAACGAGAUCGGGAUCGAGACCAGACACGAUGAUAUUGACAACUUUCCAGAAUUUGUUGCGCAUUACGCGAACAAGAAGAAGCGCAAAUAG